ACCAAGCCCAAAUAAAACGAAACUACCAAGUAAAUGCUCGAGUCUUCCACUGAGAAGGAAAUUUCGCUGUCAUCCCAUAAGGACGUUGUGGAAAAUCAAAAUCCGCUGUCUGGAUCGCGUAACAUGUGGUGGAAGACUGAUCAAGAAGGAAGAGCUUUCUCUUAUCUAUUCCUUCGUAUGCCAGGUUUCAAUCUCUAGUCCCUCUUUCACCUCCUUCUCUUCAUUUCCAGAACAGUUUAGAUACCAAAAGCUAUGAUUUGUUUUAAAGGCUGUCCUCGAUGUGCAACGUUCUGUUUUAGGCUGCUUUCUCCUCCAUCUCCUCCCCCUCCUCCCCCUCUUCGACCUCAUGAAAUUUCACCGAUUUUGAUCUUCAUAGUGUGUACUCUUGGUGCUGUUUUUUUCGUUGUUAGCUGUUGCACUGUCGUAUUGAAGUACUAUUCGGGGUGGAACAGAUCGAGGAGGAGUGAUCCACCGGUUCAGAACGAUACCCAUGAGGAUUUUAUCGAUGAGGAGCAAAGCCCGGUGGUAUACCAUCCCAUAUGGCUGAUCAACACCGUGGGUCUCCAACAAUCGGUUAUUGAUUUGAUCACUGUGAUUAAGUACAACAAAGAGGAGGGUUUGAUCGAAGGAACGGAAUGUUCCGUUUGCUUGGGUGAGUUUGAAGAAGAUGAGAGUCUUCGGCUUCUGCCCAAGUGUAGCCAUGCUUUUCACGUCCCUUGUAUUGAUACCUGGUUGAGGUCGCACAAAAAUUGUCCACUGUGCCGCGCCCCUAUAAUCCACGAAAAUGUCGGUUCCCAUUUGAAUGCCGUGGAGCAGGAUUCCAAUGAUUCUGGGUCGAGGGAAGAUAUUGAGAUUGACAAUUCGGAGACUCACAGUGGGUUGGGGAGUUCUGAGGUUGGAGAAGGUGGGACUGCUGAAGUUGGGGUUGGUGUAUUGGCAGUUGAAGAAGCAAGGACUAAUGAGAUUGUAAGGAAGGGUUUGCCAUAUAUGAAUGCUGGGAAAUAUGAGCUUCGGGUACUAAGUGAUUUGGUUGACAAUCAUCGUGCCAGUGAAGAACAGAUAGAACCUGUGAGGAGGUCAGUCUCCAUGGAUUUAUCCGCUGCUUCGGAGAUCUAUCUUGCUAUGGCUAAUGCUGUUCCAGUGGAGCAUGAAGGGACUUCAGAUAUGCGAUCAGUACCGGGGAAAAAACUGAAUUUGGAGAUCGUUGCAAGGCAGAGUAGUGGAAAUUCAAGCUUAUACAAACUGAUGAAAAGUUCUUCAAUUGGGUGUUCUCUGCACAGGGGUCCACUUUCCAUGAAGAAGUCUCUUUCAUCUUUUGCCAAGUUUUCAUCCAGACGCAGCAGGAGCCGGGACUCAAUCCUUCCCUUGUGAGGAUGAAGCUCUCACCCUUCUUCUAUUUAUAGUUUUGGGUGAAAUAGGAGCCAAAUCAAGAUAUCUUAGGCACUGUCGACAAACCAGGAUCUAACUAGUAUCUUGGUCUCUUACCAAAUACACAAUAAAGGCAUAAUGAUAUGAAUGGGAAAAGGAAAUUAAUCCGUCCUCCCAAUGAAGCCUCUAGGGAAAAGUCCCUAGGAAAGGAAGAUUCUGGUCUCACAACUUCAUGUUAUUGCUAUGAGUACUGGAGAUUAUGCAGACACUGUUUUUAUGCUUCCAGAAAGCAUAACUUGUGAUUUUGCUUUCUCAUUAGGAGGAAUAUUUUUUCCCUUCAGGAUGCUUCACAAAUUUUGAAGGAAUUAUACUUGCCCUUGCAAGUAAAAUUUUAGCUAAUAUUUCAGUUUUCCCUUUUUUUUUCCUCAA